UUUACUUGUCCUCAUCAUUCCUUCCGUCCUUCAAUCGCCAUAUUUCCCUCCAACCCCUCCUGAUCUGACGUUCUUCUCCUCCUUCCCCGUUAAACAAAACCCCUUCGACCCUUAAACCCUUCAGCCACCACCUGCUCUCUCUCUCUCUCUAUAACAAUUGUCUCAACCUGCUGAACUCCUGAAAUGUGUGGCGGUGCUAUCAUCGCUGAAUUCAUCCCUCGCCGCCAGGGUGCCGGCGCCGGCCGCCGCGUCUCCUCCGAGUUCUGGCCCGACUCUGACUUCCUCACCCCGACCAGCGCUCUUGAACCGAAACAGAGCCAUUUCCAACCGGACGCGUCGGCCCUCCCGAAACGCCCCCAGCUCCCUUCCGGUGGCGUGCAGGAAGAGAAGCCGGCUGUGAAGAGGCAGAGGAAGAACCUCUACCGUGGGAUCAGGCAGCGCCCGUGGGGCAAAUGGGCCGCCGAGAUCCGCGACCCGAGGAAGGGUGUCCGUGUCUGGCUCGGAACCUUCAACACCGCCGAGGAAGCAGCCCGCGCCUACGACCGUGAGGCCCGCAAGAUCCGCGGCAAGAAGGCCAAGGUCAACUUCCCGAACGAGGAAGACGAGGCCCCUCUUCCCUCCGCCCCCCCCCACCACCAUCCCCAUCAUCCCUCCCCUCAGCUCUCCGCCAGCUAUGUUCCGGAGCCCAAUUGGACCAGGAAGACCUUCAAUUUCGGCUAUGGGCAGUUAACCUCGGGUGGGUUCAACUCCGCUAUCCCGGAGCCGGUUGUCGUCUCCAGCGAGGAGGUCGUAUCCGGUUCGGAAGCCACGUACUGUGAGCCAUUGAAGGCGGCGAAGGAGGAAGAAGGGAUGAAAGUGGAGGAGGCAGAGGAGGAUAGGGAGGUCCAGAAGCUGUCGGAGGAGCUGAUGGCCUACGAGGACUACAUGAAGUUCUACCACAUUCCGUAUCUCGACGGCCAAUCUGCGGCGGCGCCGGCCAGUGCGGCGCAGGAGAGCGUCGUGGCCGAGCUGUGGAGCUUCGACGAUGACGAUACCCCGGUGACGUCAGCUUCCAAUUGACGGCGGUGGCGGCAUCCUUUUCAGAUAUUCUCUGUCGUUUCGGUGCUUUUUUUUUUCUUUCGCGGUCGUUUAAUUAAUUUUCUGUAACUUCCAGGGGUCUGUACGUAAUUUGGAAGAAAUUGAUGGUAAUUGUGGUAAUUAAUCCCUAAUCCCUCAGGAUAUAGGCUGUCUGAACGAAUCACCGCGGUAGAGGAUUCGGAUUAGGAUUAGGAUAUGACAAGAGGCUGUGAUUGUAAAGAGUACCAACUUCUUUGUAAUCGACCAAUUUCAAAAAUAAAAGUUUUAAUUACCAUUAUCCUAUCA